CCGGCGUUGUCGGCAGGCCCAUCUAUUGCCAGCAAAUCCCUCCUCGCUUUCACCUAGCCUAACGACCUAUACGACCUUUACGAUGCCUUCAUUAGAAGUAGAUGACGAUCUCCGCAACACUCUUUCUUUCGGGUUCGCGAUAGCCGGGUUGGUCUGGUACUCCGUGUUGUGGUGUAUAGGCCUAUUGGGUGCCGUGGCAGCAUACCGCAGAUACCGCAAUCGCCCGAUAUAUGUCGACUAUACGCCCGCAAGGGAAGCGCCCGGUGUAUCGAUCUUGCGGCCCUUGAAGGGACUUGACCCCAACCUCUACACGAACCUGGAAUCCACCUUCCGACAAAAUUACCCAAACUUUGAAAUUCUCUUCUCUGUCGCUGAUGCAAAGGACCAAGCCAUUCCGGUCGUCCAGGAGCUGCUGCAGCUCUACCCGGACGUCAAGGCUCAAAUCGUAGUUGGCGAGGAGGUUGUGGGGGUGAAUCCCAAGGUUAACAACCUCGUGCGGCCGUAUCGAAUGGCAGCCCACGAUAUCGUCUGGGUACUCGAUUCCAAUGUCUCCACCGACCCUGGUACCCUUUCCCGAGCUGUCGAAGCACUCACAUCUCCCCGAAAUACUUCCAAACGCCGAAUAGGCGUGGUGCACCACAUCCCGUUUGUCGAAUCGACCACAGCGUAUUGGGGCUCCCGCAUAGAGGCCGCCUUCCUAAACACAUUCCACGCAAAGAUGUACAUCGCUAUUAACACCGUCGCCAUUGAAUCUUGCGUUGUCGGCAAAUCAAACCUCUAUCGACGGUCGGACGUAGAUCGUGUCAAUGGGACUUUAAAGCCUAUUGAUCCCAUGGACCUCGACGAAGGACGAGUGAAGAGAGGGUUCCCGUCGUUUGGACGGUUCUUGGCAGAAGACAACAUGAUUGCCAGCGCUCUAUGGCACGAACUUGGACUACGACACGACCUCUCGACGGAUGUUGCUUACAACGUCGUUGGGAACAUGACGAUCUGGGAUUAUGUUUGGAGACGAGUUCGAUGGCUUCGCGUUCGCAAGCGAAUGGUUCUGGCAGCGAACCUGGUGGAGCCAUUCACCGAGUCCAUCAUGCUCUCCAUCAUUGGCAGUUCCAGUGGCAAGUAUCUGUUCGGGAUCCCAAGGGUGUUAUUCAUGGCUGUACACUUUGUCCUAUGGUUUCUUGUGGACAUCAGUGUCUACAAGUCACUGGCAGAUCGGGUACCCGUUGUGAUUGAUCGAUAUUUUGUCGUGGCUUGGCUAUUGAGGGAGGUGGCGAGUCUUCCAAUCUGGAUCUUUGGAUUCUUCGGAAAUACAGUCGUGUGGAGGGGUCAACGGUAUCGGAUGCUUCGCAAUGGAGAGGUAGCGUUGGCUUCGAGCAAAUAG